AACGGACCCCAAAGCUCGCGAACGGGUCGGCCACUGUGGCAGGACCUGGCGAGCUGGGCCAGGGAAAGGAGGCGGGGACGCCUGAGUCGGAGACCUUUCUCACUCCCAGGCACCUCCUGUUUCUCUGCCCCUUUGAGUCUACGGCACCCAGAAGUUUCUGGGCCUCUCUUUCCUAGGCCGUCAGUCUGAUAGUUGCCCUGGAGACACAGACGCCGGAAGCUUGACGCAUAAGGCGGGGCCAGGCUGGAAGGAGGAUUCCGACUGGCAGAGAUGCCACACCGCAGGCUUUGAACGACAGGUCGGGGGCGCACAUGCGCGUUGAGUUGGCCGCGCGCAUUCGCGGUCCGUGGUGUCCAGGGGUCCGCGAGCCUCGGUCGCCUGGGCAGUGUCGCAGGUCGCGCUGGUGGAGGGACGCCGAGUCUGCGCAGGCGGGGCUCUCCGGGCCUCGGUCACGAGUCCAGAAGUGCCGGCUCCAAAGAAGUGCCUCCGGAGCCCCACCUUCUCAGCCCUCUGCCCUUCUUCAAAUGUGGACCCUCAACGGGGAGGAAAGGAUGCCUGCUGCACGAGGGAAGUCCAAGUCCAAGGUGCCAGUGACAUUUGGGGAUUUGGCCAUCUAUUUCUCCCAGGAAGAGUGGGAGUGGCUGAGCCCCAUUCAGAAGGAUCUGUAUGAAGACGUCAUGUUGGAAAACUACCAGAAUCUGGUCUCACUCGGACUUUCCUUUCGGAGACCAAAUGUGAUCACCUUAUUGGAGAAAGGGAAAGCACCUUGGAUGGUGGAGCCAGUGAGAAAACGCCGGGGCUUGGACUCAAGGUCUAAAUAUGAGACCAAGAAGUUACCAACAUCUCUGUGCAACAAAUCUGGGCAAAGCAGCUAUCAGAAACCAGUUUCUGCAUCACAAAAAGUUGCCAUAGGAAAGAAAGGCUGCAAGAAAAGUUCAGUCCUAGUAAAACCCAAGAAAGUGCAUUCAGGAAAGAAAUCUUUAAAAUGUAAUGACUGUGGGAAAACCUUUGGUCAAAGUUUAUCUCUUAAACUUCAUCAGAAAUCACAUACUAGAGAGAAGCCUUAUGAAUGCAGUAAUUGUAGAAAAGCUUUCAGACAGAUCUCAUCCCUCAUUCUUCAUCAGAAAAUUCACAAUGGAAGGAAAAGCCAUGAAUGUGGUAAGUGUGGAGAAAACUUCAUUCAAAGAACAUCUCUUAUUCUACAUGGGAAAGUUCAUAAUGGAAAAGAAACCUUUGACUGUGGGAAGGCCUUGAGUCAGUACCCAACUCUCACUGUGGGCCAGAAAAUUCACUUUGUUGAGAAUAUCCACCAGUGUGGAAAGUGUGGGAAAGACUUCAUUCGAAAGUCAUCCCUUUUACUUCAUAAGAAGAUUCACAGCAAAAAGAAAUUACAUAAAUGCAAUAAAUGCGGGAGAGGCUUCAAAAACAAAUCAGCCCUUGUUAUACAUAAAAGAAUUCACACUGGAGAGAAAACCUAUGAAAGUGAGAAGACCUUAAGUCAGAGUCCACUGCAGAAAAGUCACCAUUUAGAGAAUCCUUAUAAAUGCAGAGAAUGUGGAAAAUCCUUUAAUAGGAUUUCAUCCAUUUUGCUUCAUCAGAGAAUUCACACAUCAAAGAAACCCUACAAAUGUGAUAAAUGUGACAAGGUCUUCAGGCGCCUUUCAACCCUUAUUCUACAUCUAAGAAUUCAUAAUGGAGAGAAACUCUACAGAUGCAGUAAAUGUGAAAAGGUCUGUAAUCGGCAUUCAUCCCUUAUUCAACAUCAGAAAGUUCAUACAAGGAAAAAGAAACUGUUUGAAUGUAAGGAAUGUGGGAAGAUGUUUUCUGGAACUGCCAACCUUAAAAUACAUCAGAACAUUCAUUCUGAAGAGAAGCCUUUCAAAUGCAAUAAAUGUAGUAAAGUUUUUGGUCGUCAGUCAUUUCUUAUUGAACAUCAGAGAAUUCAUACUGGAGAAAAGCCCUAUCAGUGUGAGGAAUGUGGAAAAGCCUUCAGUCAUCGAAUAUCUCUUACUCGGCAUAAGAGAAUUCAUACUGAAGAUAGACCCUAUGAAUGUGAUCAGUGUGGGAAAGCCUUCAGUCAGAGUGCACACCUUGCUCAACAUGAAAGAAUUCACACUGGAGAAAAACCAUAUACGUGCAAAACAUGUGGGAAGGCCUUUAGUCAACGCACAUCCCUUAUUCUACAUGAAAGAAGUCAUACUGGAGAGAAACCCUAUGAAUGUAAUGAAUGUGGGAAGGCAUUUAGUAGUGGCUCAGAUCUUAUUCGGCAUCAGAGAAGUCAUUCUUCAGAGAAACCAUAUGAAUGUAGUAAAUGUGGGAAGGCAUAUAGUCGGAGUUCAUCUCUGAUUCGACAUCAGAAUACACAUUCUGAGGAAAAAGCCUAAGUUUGUUUUAAAUAUGUGAAAACGUAGAAUGAGGCUAUAAAAGUAGCAGAGACCAAGGCAUGGGAAAAAUGCCUUUGUCUAUAACCUAAAUUUUGUAAAAAUGGGACCAUCUUGGUGAUGUGUCCCACUUUGAAAGCCAAAGAGCAAAAGUCAUUAGGGUGACUUUGACCAGACAAUUUGUAAUCAACUGAGGCAGUGAUGUUACCAUAGGUCUUAAUUUCAAAGCAGCAAGUUCAGAUGACUGGAUCAUUUUUAAUGAAGACCACUCUUCAUUCCAUAAGACACCUGAUAUUUUAUUUGCAGUGUAAUUUAGACAGCGGUUUCAUUAGUCACAUACAACAAAGUGGAACCACAAAGCCCAUAUUUAUAGAUGGGGCUUUGAGCCUUAUUUAAGGUCACAUGAAGAAAGAGUUUUAAGUUUGUCCCUUAGAACUAGACUAUCAUGUAUAAGAGAUUUCCUGGGCAAACGAGGGUACUACUUUCAGCUGACAGAAAAUUGUGGGUGAGAAAAAAGUAGAGUGAAUCUUCAAGUGGAUAAAGGUAACACUCAUAAUGUGUGUGAAUCAGUAGAGUUACUAUCAUACUGUCUCCAUGAAUAUGAAGAUACAUAAUCUUCAUGGUAUGAAAAAUCUUAACAAGCCUGAGACAGGCUAAUGGGAAAAAAGAAGCCAGGAUAUACUGAAGAAUGGGAACUUAAGAGCAGGGAGAAAUUAUUUGUUACUGUUUUAUUUGAAAAGAAAUUUGUUUAUAUUUAUAUGAAUAAACAGUGGUAUUUUCAUGUAAGAACAGUGGUGUGCAAUAAGUGACUGGUGGAGAAUGAGAUGCCAUUCCCUAAAUGUGUCCUCUCUGAAUUUAUAUGUCAAACCCCUAACCUCUAAAGAUAGGGACCUUUGGGAGAUAAUUAGGGAUAGAUGAGUUUAUGAGGGUACAUCAUGAUAGUAUUAGUGUCUUUAAAAGAAAGGAUGCCAGAGAGCUUGCUCUCUAAGCCAUGAGAAGAUACUACAAGAAGGUGGCUGUCUGCAAGCCAGGAAGCUAGCUCUCCCUACCAUCCAACCAUGUGGCACCCUGAUCUCCAGAACUGAAGAAUAAGUUUCCUUUGUUUAAGUCACCCAGGAUAUGGUAUUUUGUUAUGGCAGCCCAGGCUGACUAAUACAUGGGAGGAAACUCUGGAUUUAUGUACCAGUCUCUUUUCCUGUCAGCUAAUCACCAUAUGUAACAGCUUUCAGUCCCUGUUUUCCCGCUUGUACAAAGUAUGUAAGAAAUAAAAUCAGAGUUCUUUUUGUUA